AUGAAGAUAUGCCUACGCUAUCUCGGUGACCCUGGAUAUCAACAAGGUAUUGAUCUGGGACUUGGUGUUAGUCAAGCAACGGUAUCUCGGACUGUGGAUAGAGUUGUGAACAGCAUAGUUGCACAGUCGAACGAAUGGAUCAAGUUUCCAACUACCAACCAUGAUCUGAUGGAGGCCAAGGGGAUAUGGCAAAGCAUGUAUAAAUUUAUCCUACUCCAGGUGCAGAAAUAA